CGGAACCGGAGCGUGGGGAUUUCGCGCCUGCGCUCGGGUGGCUCGGUGCGGCUGUGCUGGCCGGCGGCGAGAGCAUGUCAGCCCCAUUUGAGGAGCGCAGUGGGGUAGUUCCGUGCGGGACGCCCUGGGGUCAGUGGUACCAGACUCUGGAGGAGGUGUUCAUUGAAGUGCAGGUGCCACCAGGCACUCGAGCUCAGGAUAUCCAGUGCGGUCUGCAGAGCCGGCACGUGGCCCUGGCCGUAGGCGGCCGCGAGAUCCUCAAGGGCAAACUCUUUGAUUCUACAAUAGCUGAUGAGGGAACGUGGACUUUGGAGGAUAGAAAAAUGGUUCGUAUUGUUCUCACAAAGACAAAGAGAGAUGCGGCAAAUUGUUGGACUUCUCUUCUGGAAUCUGAAUAUGCAGCUGAUCCUUGGGUACAAGACCAAAUGCAGAGAAAACUUACAUUAGAGAGAUUCCAAAAAGAAAAUCCUGGUUUUGACUUCAGUGGAGCAGAAAUCUCAGGAAACUACAGUAAAGGUGGACCAGAUUUCUCAAACCUUGAGAAAUAACUGCUUUUCUUUUUUUUGCUACAUUCUGUGGAUCCUAGCUGAUGUUGCCAACUUAAAGGAACAGAUUAUGUGCUAGAAGAAAAAUAUGGAUGCUUGCAGUUAAAUUGCAAAAUACAUUUAAAUAUGGUUCUAAAAAUUGCAUUCAAAUAUGAUUUACAUAGGAAACGUACAGUGGGAACUGUCUGUGAACAUAUGGUAAUUUUUUUGGACUUAUUUUUGCUCAGCAUGGAGUUUUAUACGCUACAUUUUACCAGUUUCAUAUUUAAAUGCAUUUUUACUAUAAAAAACAUUGGGGUACAGAUCAUAUUAAAUGAAAGGGUGCCUUCAGAGAAAAUUAAGUUUUUCUUUUGAUAAGUGUGAUGCAGGAAUAAAGUUCAAUAAACUUUUUCAGAAAGAGGAUCGUAUGCCCCUUCAUCUAAGUACAUUAAUUCACAUAAGUAUUAAAAAAAAAAAAAUUAACAAAAAUUCCACAAAAGUAUUUGGGGUAACAAUAUUAAAAGAGUUAAUGUAAAUUUCUUAAUUAUGAUAUUAUUUCUUAAGGGAUUACUUUAUGUCAAGAAAUUGAAAAAGUUAAAAAAACUAAUAAUUAAUACAAAUGAGAAGUAAUAAUACAACAGAGAAGCAGCUAAGUGAAUACGGUUAUUGGGCAUGUCGUUUGUAGUAGCAGAAUGCAAAUUUAGGUCACUGUAAAGCAGAGGCAUUAUUUUUCUCUUAGUGAUUCAGAAAUAUAGACAGGGAUUUUUGUCGUUUCUUGUUUCUGGUAAUGGGAAUUUAACACAGGGGUGUGUUCUGCUGAGCUACAUCCACAGUCCAUUGUUUACUCCAUAAGACACAAGAUUUCACUAAUUUGCCCAGGCAGCCUCAAACCUUUGAUCCUCCUGCCUCAACUUCUUGAAUUGCUGGUAUUUACAGGUGUGCACCACUGCCCCUGGCUAUAUAUAGGAAUUGUCGAGAUUUCAUUUCAUCCUGUAUCCUUUUUAAUUUUUUUUUUAAGGAAUCUCAAAUGUAUAGCAAAGUUACAAAGUAAAGUACACAAAAUUUCUUUCUUCCUGAGCCAUUUGUAAAUAAAUUUAAGAGAUGAUUCACUUUAGUACUUUAGUGUGUAUUUGCUGCAGAAAAGGACAUUCACUUUCAUAACUAUAACCUAACCAUUAAAAUUAGGAAAUUUAUGGUGA